UAGGAAAUGGCUAAACUAGCUUGAUGUGUUACAUCGUCACAUGUUUAAAGUUUUAAGGAUUAUUACGUGAAAAUCAACAGCAUUAUGAUACGAAUUUCAGAUGAGACGAAUGAAAGCUAAAAUGUUAGACAAUGUGAGGAAAGGAAUGAAGGAACACUGCUCCAGCUGACAGGAAUUUAGAUCAUACGGCAUAUGAUAAGACAAAUUCCGACCAAGUCUGCUAAUCAAAAUGAAAUGGCAAAAUUUCACCAAGAGUGCUCUGCUUGCUUUUUUAUUAUGCAGUGUAAGCUGGACAGAAUCACUUGAAAUUAUUACAGAAAUGCUACCUUCAUUUAUUAGGAUUGGACAAAACAUCACUCUCACUUGUAUAUUUGAAAGUACGAUUCACAUAGAACUUCGGUAUCUUUAUGUAAAGUGGAGUCGAGAAGGACAAGUUGUCAUUACUUUCCACAGUGGCCAUAUUGAAGUGAACAGGACUGGAGCAAAGCUGUUCACUUCAGUUUUGGAGGCGGGGAAUGCAUCCCUGUUUUUACCAGAUGUUGGGAUUGCAGAUGAAGGAGAAUAUCAAUGCUAUGUGUUCGCACCAUCAAGUGACAAGACGGCGUCACUUAAACUCCAAGUGGCAGCUCCUCCUCAGAUUGUUACCUCAGAAGACAUGACAUAUGCCAGCAAUGACCAGAAUUCUGUCUUAAGCUGUGAUGCAAUGAACUUUUAUCCAGCAGAGCUGGACAUAUCCUGGAAGAUGGUGAGUGAGGAGGAGCAGACAGAACGUGGGAGACGUGCUGACAUGUGGAAACAAGGACCUAUACUGACUCCAGCUGGAACAUACAACAUCAAGACUCUUCUUCCUCUGGAAGUGCAGGAAAAGGAUAUCCAAGUUAAAUACAUCUGUAGAAUCAUACAUGAGCGUUCCGAAACGAAUAUGGAGAAAAUCAUUCAUGUACAACAUGUUCAUGUGUUUCCGUUAAAAGCAAUCAGCAUCUUUGGCAUUGUGUUUGGGUCUAUAGUUGCCACUAUCAUCCUUGGGGCAGCUUUCCAUACUUUCUACAAAUUCUGCGGAAAUGUUUCUCCAGAGUUACGUGAGCUUGAUGGUCCAGUGAAGGAUGUAAAACAUGGGGAAGAAGUGAAACUUUCUUGGCAAGUUAAUAGAUAUCGACCUAAGGACAUUGAGUUUGAGAUUUUCAAAGGAAAUCAGAGUCUGUCAUUCGAGAAUAAAUGUGCUGACAAAGACGAAGAAGCUGUGCCCCUGCUGCCCCCAAAAUAUAAAAUAGAAAAGAGCUCUCCUGUUCAAGAAGCCAGCAGACUGUUUAGCUGCAAGAUAGAUGUCUCCUUCACAGCGGAUAUUCUACAAGACAACAAUGAAAUAUUUUUAUGUGAGCUGAACCAUAAGGCACUGAUAAAACCCAUUGAAAAGUCUAUACAACUGAAGGUGAAUGGAGUGCCUCCAGAAAUGGAUAACAUCAUUUCUCCAAGUGCAAUUUUUAUUGGCGAGCCUGUGGUCCUCACCUGCACCGUAAGUGGCUACAAACCUGCUCCUUUGGUUCUUACUUGGUUCAGACAAAGUAAUGGAGAAAAUAACUCAAUUGUGAAUUGGUGUCAGCAAGAUUACUAUUCCAACUAUUCUACCAGCCUAAUGCAGAUGACUCCCAAGUUAAAAAAUGUUGGGAUCGAAGGUGAAAGAAGAGGCAAUUACUCGCAUACUGCAACAGUACUAACUCAUAAUGACUCAUCAUACACGGUCACUUCUAAUGUUACAUUUAUUGCUCAGCCCAUGACAAAGCUUGUGGAGUACAUCUGUAAAAUCUUUCAUCCCCCCACAAAGCAUACAGAGGAGAAGAGGAUUACAAUUACCAACCAAGAUUUGCUGUACCUGUCAUCAAUUUGGCACCAUCCAGUUACAAUGAGUGCACUCCAGCCUGUAAUACUAACCUGCAAAGUUGGCAAUCUGUAUCAGAGAAAUGUAAAUAUCAUGUGGUACAAAAACAGAAAGUUUCUAAAAGCUGAGAAACUGGAAGCCAUUGCGGUGAACCCCAAUUCAUUUGUUCUGGAACUGGAGCUUAUACCUACUUCUGAAGACCAGCUGUCUCAGAUUAGCUGUGUGAUUCAUGAUCCUGAUCAGCAUUUCACGAAGGAGUCCAGAUGCAGACUAUACCUGCAAGCUCCUCCUAAAAUGCAUCCAAUUGAGUGCACCCCUGAACUACCCAUACCUGGGAAUCAAGUGCAGCUGAGUUGCAAGGCCACUGGAUUUUGGCCAAGUGAUAUCACUUACUUGUGGUUAGAGGAAGGUCCUUCAUCUCAGGGAACUGAGUGGAAAAAUACUUGCAGGGAACACCUGGGGCUACCCUAUUGCUCUCCUGUAGGAGAACAGUGCAAAAUUCUUAGUAAGUUAACACCUAGGCCUGAAAUCGACAAGGAAAGUCUAUGUAGUGCAACUUCAGAGCUCAUCAUCGUACCAUGUGAACUGGACAAUUACAAGAAAUACAGAUUUGUAGCUUUUCAGCCGACUACCAACCAGCUGUUCUCCAAGUCAUUUAUCCUCAACUUAAAAGGUUUCCCUGCUAUCUCCAGUAUAGAAUGUUCUUCUCCGGAACCUGUAGAAGGACAGCCUGUAACACUGAGGUGUAGACUCCUUGGAUUUCCAUCCAAUAAGUUAAGUAUCCAGUGGUGUCGUGACUCCGAAGUCCUAACAGAAGGAAUAUCCAACACUAUUCCUAUAACAAACAGUGAUUGUUUGUUUGGAAUGGAAACACAAUUACAUAUCAAUCAACUGCAACCAAGGGAUGCAAAGUGUAAAUACAUUUGCCAUGUAUCUCACGGAACUGACUGGCUGAGCUCCAGGUCCAUUAUCCUGCAGCUUCAAGCCCAUCCAAUAUUGUCAUCAAUCAGGUCUGAGCCAGCUAUACCUGUUCUUGGCCAGCAAAUUAAAAUAUUCUGUGAAAUUGAAGGUCCCAUCACAAAAUAUACAUCAACUUGGUUUAAAAAUGGUUGGGAAUACAAAGGAGCAGUUAUUACAGAGAAAGUGGAAGAGGAAGGCAUAAGUACUAUACGAGGAUGCAUACAGUUCCCAGCCACAGCAGAUAAUCACAUGUCAGAAUUCCGAUAUCAAAUCCAAGAUGAAGAUGGAAAGCACAUUGAGAUGCGAUAUUUUACUCUAUUCAUUCCAGGUAACAAUGCAAAAAUGUGUUAUUAA